CGCGGAGCUGCCUGUAGCUGCCGGAGGAGCUUCAGCUAACAAAGAAAAACACGAAAAUAAACGUCUGCUGAGCAAACCGCUUCCCUGUUCCUUCACGACCACAAGGCAAGAGCCCGAAGACCAAAACUGACAUGAUGUUUCCACAAUCCAGGCACUCGGCUUCAUCACAGCAGCUGAAGUUCACAACGUCAGACUCGUGCGACCGCAUCAAGGACGAGUUCCAGUUUCUUCAAGCACAAUACCACAGUCUGAAGCUGGAAUGUGACAAGCUGGCGAGUGAGAAGUCAGAAAUGCAGCGUCAUUAUAUCAUGUAUUACGAGAUGUCCUAUGGGCUGAACAUCGAAAUGCACAAGCAGGCAGAGAUCGUGAAGAGAUUAAAUGGGAUCUGUGCUCAAGUCUUACCUUACCUGUCUCAAGAGCACCAGCAGCAGGUUCUGGGGGCGAUAGAAAGAGCCAAACAGGUCACUCCACCAGAGAUGAACUCCAUCAUACGGCAGCAGCUCCAGGCUCACCAGCUCUCCCAGCUGCAGGGGCUGGCGCUGCCCAUGACCCCUCUUCCCCUCGGCCUCAGCCAGCCGGCCGGCCUGCCCGCCGUCACCUCCAGCUCCGGCCUCUUCUCCCUCUCCAGCAUCCUGGCAUCCCAAGCCCAGCUGGCCAAAGAGGACAAGAGCACACGUGAGACGUCCGACAGCCACCGCGAGGAGGACGGAGACAAAUCCGACUAGUCGACGGCCAAACCCAAUCAUCAUCAUCAUCAUCAUCCAGAGCUCAGCGUAGAGCAGAAGCACUUGUUCCCCCCUUUUCUUUUCCUUCAUUUUCCUUCUAUCUUUCUAUCUCCCCUCUGAAUUGCUAAACUCAUUCGUUCUGGUUCAUUCCACCAGCUUUCUCUCUAUGUAUUUAUACUGAUCCUCCUUUUUAUUGUGUUAUGGAUGCUUGAUUUGAUUUCAUUUACACUUCUUUCUUGCCUGCGUGUAUGUAUAUAUCUAUAUAUAUUGUAUAUUUCUUAUGCUCGUUGUGGAAAAACGGUGUGACCGUUAAUGGACCAUCGACCCUUCGGUAAUAAUUCCUCUUUUAUUUUUUUCUCCUUUUUUUUUCCCUUCUCCCCCGCUCACUCUUUCUUCCUCUUAAAAUCUUUCACCUUUUAAAGCUACAAUCUACAAUAACUGAGUCAAAAGCACUUUGGCCCCAGGCUGUAACUCGGAGACUAAAAGCAACGUUGAAUCUAAAAACUUAGCCGCGGCAUAAUCCAUUUAGAGUUUAAAGGAUCUGUGUUAUUGUAAGGAAGCACGGCUGUUGCAUCUAUUCUACCUUAAAGGGACAGUUCGACUUAAAAAUGAGGGCUUGUGUGUUGUUCCAAACCUGUUUGACAUUUCUUUUUUAAAUUUAAUACAAUAGGCGAUGUUUUAAAGAAUGUUCAAGCUGCCUCAUUUUACAAUGAAUAGGAACUAACCUUAUUACGCUUUAAAA